AUAUUAUACAUUAUUAUAUAAUGUACAUUUAUAUUAUAUUACAUAUAUAUUAUAUAUACAGUAGAGUCUCACUUAUCCAACACUCGCUUAUCCAACGUUCUGGAUUAUCCAACACAUUGUUGUAGUCAAUGUUUUCAAUAUAUCGUGAUAUUUUGGUGCUAAAUUCGUAAAUACAGUAAUUACAACAUAACAUUACUGCAUAUUGAACUACUUUUUCUGUCAAAUUUGUUGUAAAACAUGAUGUUUUGGUGCUUAAUUUGUAAAAUCAUAACCUAAUUUGAUGUUUAAUAGGCUUCUCCUUAAUCUCUCCUUAUUAUCCAACAUAUUUGCUUAUCCAAUGUUCUGCCGGCCCGUUUAUUACGUUGGAUAAGUGAGACUGUAUUGUUAUUAUAUAAUAUUAUACAUUUACAUUAUAUUACAUAUAUAUUCAUAUAUAUUCAUAUUUUAUUACAUAUAUCUCAUAUUUAAUUUUUAUUUUUUAUAGUAAUAGAUCACAUAUAUUACUGUAUUCAAAUACAUUGCAAUAUUGCUAUAAUACUACAUCAGCGGAGGAGGCGUGGCCUGGGCUUGUGGGCGGGGCCUGGAGUGUUUACAGCGCGAAGGGGGCGUGGCCUUGGCGGCGUCUCGUCGGCGGAAGAGGCGUGUCCCGAAGAAGUCUCCUCUUCCUUGUGUCCGGAGCGGAAGAGGCGUGCCGGGGUGCGCAGUGGGCGGGGCAUGCUGGGCGGAGGCGGGUCCUGCCGCCCUCCGCGGCCUAUCCUGUGAGAGCGUGAGCCGCGGAAGGGGCGUGGCGUGCCGUGAGUGGGCGUGUCCUGCGGGCGAAGUUUCUCCCUGACUUCCAGUGUGCGUCCGGCCGCCGAGGAGCGCGGAGCUCUCCCUCAGGGAAGGAAGGAAGGAAGGAGCGCGGGAUGGCGCUCUCGGGGGCCUGGGCGGCGGCCAACGGCGAGGCCAACGGCGGGUACCGCUCGGCGGCGGCGUCGGAGGAGGACGCGGCGUCGUGCUGCUCGCCCCGCGACGAGGCCGAGGCCGAGGCGGAGGCGGAGGCGGAGGAGGAGAAGGGCGGCCCGGCGGCGGACUGCGGCGUCUGCGGGGACAAGUCGAGCGGGAAGCACUACGGCGUCUUCACCUGCGAGGGAUGCAAGAGCUUCUUCAAGAGGUCCAUCCGCAGGAACCUCAGCUACACCUGCCGGUCGAACCGCGACUGCCAGAUCGACCAGCACCACCGCAACCAGUGCCAAUUCUGCCGCCUCAAGAAGUGCUUCCGGGUCGGGAUGCGGAAGGAAGCGGUCCAGCGUGGGCGCAUCCCUCCGUCGCACGCCUCGAGCCCCACGUCCCUGGCGGGCGGUGCCUCGGUGGUGCCCGUGGGGGUGGGCUCGGAGUUCUUCAACGGCCACCCGGUCCCGGAGCUGAUCUCGCAGCUGCUGCGCGCGGAGCCCUACCCGGCCUCCCGCCUGGGCUCGCAGCUGGCGCACAACGCCGCCUCUUCUUCUGGCGGAGGGGACGCAGCGGUGCCGGGGAUGCUGGGCAUCGACAACAUCUGUGAGCUGGCGGCGCGCCUGCUGUUCAGCGCGGUGGAGUGGUGCCGGGGGGUGCCGUCCUUCCCGGGCCUGCCCCCCGGGGACCAGGUGGCGCUGCUGCGCCUGAGCUGGAGCGAGCUCUUUGUGCUGAACGCGGCCCAGUCGGCCCUCCCGCUGCACCUGGCCCCGCUCCUGGCCGCCGCCGGCCUCCACGCCGCCCCCCCGCUGCCCGCCCCACGCGUGGUGGCCUUCAUGGACCAGGUGCGCCUCUUCCAGGACCAGGUCCACAAGCUCCACGCGCUCCAGGUGGACGCCGCCGAGUACAGCGCCCUCAAGGCCAUCGCCCUCUUCUCCCCAGACGCGUGUGGCCUGGUGGAGCCGGUGCUGGUGGAGGCGGCGCAGGAGGCGGCGCAGGUGGCGCUGGCGGAGUACGUGCGCGCGGUGAGCCCGUCCCAGCCGCAGCGCUUUGGCCGCCUGCUCCUGCGCCUGCCCGCCCUGCGCGCCGUGCCCGCCGCCCUCCUCUCGCAGCUCUUCUUCAUGCGCCUGGUGGGCAAGACCCCCAUCGAGACCCUCCUGCGCGACAUGCUCCUCUCCGGGAGCGCCUUCCACUGGCCCUGCCCCCCCGGCACCCCCACGCCCCCACAGUGACCCCCCCCCACCCCCACCCCCAGGAAGGACGACUGCCACUCCCAUCGCCCUGGGGGAACACAACUCCCAGCACCCCUGGUUGGACUCUGGAAUACAGAUGGACUGCAACUCCCAUCGUCCAGGGUGACUACAACUCCCAGCACCCCUGGUUGGACUCAGUGGAAAACAGAUGGAUUGCAACUCCCAUCGUCCAGGGUGACUACAACUCCCAUCGCCCUGGGGGAACACAACUCCCAGCACCCCUGGUUGGACUCUGGAAUACAGAUGGACUGCAACUCCCAUCGUCCAGGGUGACUACAACUCCCAGCACCCCUGGUUGGACUCAGUGGAAAACAGAUGGAUUGCAACUCCCAUCGCCCUGGGGGAACACAACUCCCAGCAUCCUUGGUUGGACUCAGUGGAAUACAGAUGGAGUGCAACUCCCAUCGCCCUGGGGGAACACAACUCCCAGCAUCCGUGGUUACAAUUCUGGAUAUGUACGGAUUGCAAUUCCCAUCGUCCAGGGUGACUACAACUCCCAGCACCCCUGGUUGGACUCAAUGGAAUACAGAUGGACUGCAACUCCCAUCGUCCAGGGUGACUACAACUCCCAGCACCCCUGGUUGGACUCUGUAAUACAGAUGGAUUGCAACUCCCAUCGCCCUGGGGGAACACAACUCCCAGCAUCCUUGGUUGGACUCAAUGGAAUACAGAUGGAGUGCAAUUCCCAUCGUCCAGGGUGACUACAACUCCCAGCACCCCUGGUUGGACUCA